AUGACAACAAAUAAUGCUAGAAAAUGGGAAGAUGCCCAAGAAAAGGCAUUUACAAAUUGGGUCAAUUCAUUGUUGGCCAAGGUAGAUAAAAAGGUAGAGAAUAUGGCUACAGACUUUUCAGAUGGUGUUCGAUUCAUACAGUUUCUAGAGAUAUUGUCGGGCAAGAAGUGCAAGAGAAAGUACGCACAAGAACCCAAAGACAAGAUCAACAAGAUUCAAAACUUGUUGAUCGGUAUCACCUUUAUCGAACAGGAUCUUGGUAUGAAGGUACGUGGUGUGUCGCCGGAAGACUUUUACGAUGGCAAUAAAAAGAUGAUCUUUGGGUUCUUGUGGACGUUGUACCGUCGCUUCCGUAUGUCUAAUAUUCGUGCAGACGGGAGUGGUGCUGCUGCCGGCGGAGAGGCGGGUGCAACAGACAACCGCGACCCCAGUGAACGCGAAGCCGAGGAGAAUCUGCUAAAGUGGUGUUCGACCAUGUCUGGGUUAUCCAUCAACCAGUUCAAAACUGGGUUUAGAGACGGUCACGCAUUCCUCGCGAUGGCACAGAAACUGGUCGAUGAGACCAGCCAGUUUUCCGAGUUGGCCGGGUUGGGUAGCGACCCCAAUCUCAGCGCCAUCGCCCGUUUACAAGCCGUCUUUGACUUUGCCGAGAAGAACCUAUGUAUUCCUAAAUUGUUGGAUGCCGAGGACGUGGCUGCUGGCACUGCCGACGACCGCACAAUGAUGCUCUACACGAGUUUGUUUUACUCGGCCUACGAAGGUCGCGCCAAAGCACAAGAGAGUGACGUCGAACUCAUGAAGAGCCGUGUCACCGAGCUUGCAGAGGUCGAACGCAGUGAUAUCUCUAGACUCAUGCGUCUCGAGGAAAUGCUCAAUAUGUACUCUGUCGAGUUUGAAAAUGCACGUUUUGAACGCCAGUUUAUCGAGCGUCGCGUACAAGAGGUAGAGUCGCGCAGUCUUGUCGUCGACCUCUCACGUCUCCGAGACAAUCUCGAAGACCACCAACAACUACUCUGUCGUCUCCAACAACAAGUCCAAGAAAAGGCAUCCGGCAAAAAGGUCAUGAUGUGGCGUCCACCUCAAAUCUCUGCCGACCUCUCCAAAACCAACGAAGAACAACUCUUACUUUUGGCUCAACAAUUGGAUGAUGAAGAACGUAGAAUCAAUGAUAUAGUUCAUGUUUCAAAUGUUAAAGCUAUUACAAUUAGUAAAAAGACAGGACAACAAACCCAAAAACAAUUAGCUGAUAAUGAUAGAAUCUUAUCUCUUUACUACUCUACUCUACUCUUAUUCCUUUCUAGAAUGAAAAAGACAUUUGUAUUUCCAGACAAGGAAAUAAUAGUUGAUGAUGUAGGACUGUCGAUUAAUGGAAUACCAAUGGCAAUGCAAAAAGAUGGGUCGAAUCUAUCGUGUGGAACAGAUGAUGGAAAGUGGACGUUGACUAGAGGAAAUUGGCGUUCAAUGGGAUUGGAUUAUCAAUUAUAUUGGAAUGAUGCAAAUGUAGAGACACAAGAAGCAUUCGAUCCAAAAUCAACAUCAAUGAUUAAACUUUACAUUUUAUUUGGUUUGUUGGGAUUCUUGUUUGGACUAUUUGCAUUGGUUGCUAUAGUCAUAAUUGGUAUAGUUGCCUAUUGUCUAUUUAGAAAUAGAAUUGACUUUUUGAAUUAUCCAAUGAUUACAAUGAUUCAAUCUUUACCAAAUGUUUAUCCUGCCUAUGGUAUUGAUGCUGCCAUUCAACAACAACAACAACAACAACAACAACAAAUAUUAUUACAACAACAACAACAACAAUAUUGUAAUAAUAAUAAUAAUAUAUUUGAAAAUAAUUAUCAAAUUCAAGAACAACAACAAUUAUUAAAUUAUCAACCACAAUUAUACUAUCCACCACCUUUAUCAUGGGUACAACCAGCUCCUUACAAGGUACCAGAUCCAAAUGAUCUACUUGUCCAAGAGGAUAAUAAUGAAAUUACCCCUGGUAGUACUAUUGAUAUUCCACCUUCUAUUACACAUAUCAAUUAA